UCGCACUCAGUCCUUUCGCAGCGGCCAACGGUACCGCAUGUGCCGCUAGCUGCUACGCACCAAAUAAACAUCAACAACCCGAGGAGACUUACCGUGCAGUGUGAUAUGAUGCUAACCUGUGUUGAACAGUUUCGGAAAGGGUGAAUUUACAAUUUACAGACACAGUGACUAACUAAGACUAAGGAUCGAGUGCAGUGUAAUUUAGCGCCCGAAGAUGCCGAAAAUCUUCCUGAUCAAGAAGCGGCUGCAUGAGCAGCAGCUGGGGCUGCAAGAGGGGCAGGAGCUGUUGGCCGGCAAGGCGGACGCGCUCUGCCCCGGCUCGCCGCUGGACGACGGCCCAAUCCCGCUGCUCUCGAAAAAGGACAAGGAAUGCGUCGAUCGCGAUGUCUUUAAUGAACACAAUGGAGCAAAAGGUACUCUAGAAAGACGCACAAAGGAACCCAGGAGAUUCAUAUCUUCAAUCCUUGGAGGUGAUAUUCCUUAUGGAAGCCACAGAGGGCAUGUUCUCACACAAGCUGAGCGUAAGCAGUAUCUGCCCGUAGAAGAGAAGAAAACAGAAGACAGACCUCUCAUAAAAGAAGAAAAAGAUCCAUUAGAAACUGACCCCGUUGUACUUCCAUCUAGAAACUCACCAUCACCUGAAUCAACACCUUCACCUGGAAUUGACAAUAGUGUUACUUGUCAAAAAGUGUCAGUUAUUCAGAGAACACCUUCUCAGUCACAGUUCCAAAAUAACAAAAAAGAAUUAGCAGAUGUAAGCAUCCCACCUACACUGCCUGCAAAUGAACCGGAACAAGAUCAACCCAUAGAUUACGUUAUAGCUAAAAAGAGAGGAGAAACUGAAGAUGAAGAAACAGAGAAAAAAUUAAGAGAGCAAAGGCGAACAAGCAGUUCCAAGAUUGCUAAUGGAAUUUUAGCCAGGCCAGUUUUAGUUCUAAGAAAUUGUCCCGCUAAUAAAGUUCCAGGUAUCCUUAGUGCCGCAGCCGGACAUGGAAGAUCCACUGGUGGGAGCGGAUCGAACUCGAAUUCCCAGAGCACUGGAGGCUCUGGCAGUUUCAGCUCUGGUGGUGGUAGCACUGCUCCUUCCUCCGGCGGUGGCGGCGCCAUUGGCGGUGGAUCAGGCAGUGGCGGUAACGGCCGUGAUGGUAGAUCUAACUAUGGACCUAACAGUCCACCCACUGGCAGCCUUCCACCCUUUUAUGAAACACUGGGGCCAUCUACAAAAGGUGGUCAAAAUUCAUUCAAUGCCAAUAGCAACUUUUCCAAUGAAUUCAAUAUUAUUAAUGGAUUCAAUAUGGACUGUGAAAACAAUGAUAAUUCUACUAAUUUCCCCGAACAAAGCAAACAAUAUUCACUAAUGCAAAAUGCUCAUUACGGCCUCGCACUAAAAGAUGAAGAAAUAGAUUACGAUGGCAAAUUAGAAAAUUUGGGCUCAAUUGGCAAUUAUGGAAGCAAUUUUGUGGAUUCUAUGGUAGUGGAUAUGGGAGAAGAUUUUUCAACCACCCUAACAUUUGCACCAAAUGAAGGAAUCUUAGGAAACUUGUCUGACUCGGCGGAAGACUUUGCUAAUUUAUUAAAUAACCAUGUCGUCGAAUCCCUGACCGACUCUGACAUAAGGGAGUCCUCAUCAUCGAUUACCCCUGACUCGGUUCAUAACCCAGUCGAUAUCGAGUCACUGGCUGAACAAGUGAAUUUAAGUAGACAGUAUUAUGAAAAGGCGAACUAUUUGGCAUUUGCGAGCCAAGAGCAGAAUUCGUCGUACAACUUCGCUAAGGAGCGUCCUGAUUUAUUGAUGCAACUAAAUCCGGCGUUGCUGCAACACAAUGAGGGUCAGAUGCAGCAGUUGCAGAUCCACGUGCAGCUUCAGCAGCGACAGCAGAUCCUGUCGCCCGGGUUCCCCUUCGCUAGUCACUCGUUGGAGCUGGAUUCCCCGACGGGAGUGUCGCUGCCCUCGCCGGGCGGCAACAGCUCGCUCGACGGCAGCAGCCACGUCGAGAACUCCGCCCUCAGCCCCGCCGCUGCUGUAAGUCUCAAGAAAGGCGAUGCUAAAAUACAAAUCUUGCAACAAAGGUUGGGACUGCCAGCCGAGCUUCCUUUGGAAUUCAUCAACGGUGGUCACGGAGUAAAGAAUCCUUUGGCAACUGAGGCGAAUGCCAGACAACGAGAAGAGGAGAAGAACAAACAAGUAUUAGUCAGCGAGGACGACCCCACGAAGUUUGUGUGCCGAGUGUGCUCUAAGAACUUCAGUCUGCAAAGGCUCUUGAACCGACAUAUGAAAUGCCACUCUGACGUGAAGCGAUAUCUCUGCACCUUCUGCGGAAAAGGAUUCAACGACACGUUCGAUCUGAAACGGCACACGCGAACACACACCGGGGUCCGACCCUACAAAUGCAAUCUCUGCGAAAAAUCCUUUACCCAAAGAUGUUCACUAGAAUCUCAUUGCUUGAAAGUUCACGGAGUCCAGCACACGUACGCCUACAAGGAAAGGAGGACUAAGAUGUACGUGUGCGAGGAAUGCGGACACACCACCUCGGAGCCCGAGGAGCACUACAUGCACCUCAAGAAGCAGCACCCCUACUCCCCUGCGCUGCUCAAGUUCUACGACAAGCGACACUUCAAGUUCACGAACGCCACGUUCGCGAACCAAUUGCUAGGCCAACUACCCAUGCCGGUCCACAACUAAACACAACGUAUCUCCAACGACUGAUCUAGCGUUCUCUAUCUCGAAAGUAGAAAAAGUACUUAACGUUACGAAUUUAUUCCGUCCGUAUGUAAAAUAAAUCUCAUUAAAAUAAUAAUCAACCAACACCCAGUGCUAAUUUCAAAUGAACUGAGACGCACAAGUAAUUCCUCUUAGCUAAGUAUUAACAUCGUCUUCCAAAAUAAACGUAGACAUUCCGCGUUAUAAAAAUUGCGUACUUUUAUGUGGUUUAUGUUAAACUGUGAACAAAAUACACAUUUUGUUCGCAUAAAAAUACCUUAAUUUUUUAACAGUCGAAGAAAAUUCUCGCCUACGUUAGGACUAGGCAUGACUGCAAUUAAAAAAUCAAAGUAUCGGGUAUUAUGUGCAAUCUUUGGUGAUGGUACGGGAUUAAUCGAUAAGUUUAGCCAUAAGUAAGAUAGACUAAGCAUUAGAAAUAGUCCAUGGAUUUGACUUGUUAGAAAAACAGAUUAUAGAGUUUCAUUUCAAACCAGCCAUGGUUAGAAUAAAAGAGAUUAUUGGAUGGUGCUAAACGCAUAAUGUGAGGGUCGCUGACUUGAAAUGAAACAGUUAUGGAUCGGAUGACAUCUCUUGUCCAAUCCAUAAAAUAAAAUCUCUAUCAAAGACAUUCAAAAACUUUGAUGCAGAUCCACAGUAAGGAAUCUCUUUCCUCAUUUUAGUGAUACUAGCUUCUAAUUGUCUCUCAAAAUAUUAACACAAAUUAUGUCACAAGUUUUAAGUGUAUAAUGAUGUUAUGUUUGUUCUUUGUUUGUACUUAUUAUUUGAUAUCAAAAUUAUAAAAUUGAUAGUGAGUACCCUUAGCGGGAUCACGAUAUGUCGUACCAAGUUUAAUUGCAUUUCUACGAAUAUUUAUAUUAUUUAAAUUAAAAUAUUGAUCGGUUUUAGUCUGUGCUGUGAGUGUGUGUGAGAAUCCUAUGAGUAAUUGAAUUAUUUAAUGUGUCGAUUGUUAUUAGUGUAGUUAGUGUAAGUACAUCGGGAAGGCUUGCAGCGCUCCCGAGAGGAGUUUUACAAGACUACGAUGCUCAAUUGAUAUACUUUGCGCUUUCACGGCGGAGCUUGUUUAUAAAGUAAAUUCAUUGUAAAUACGUCUAAAUUUAGAAAAUGUAGUAAAAUUGAGAAAGUAAUAUUACCUACUUAACUUUAGAGGUACCUAAUUAGCGUUUAUGAGAUUUUAAAAAGGAUAAUUGUUAUAGUAUUUGAACAACUAUAUAAGUUUUGAUAUAUUGGAUCUUUUAUAUUGGCUUAUCAUUGGUUCGUCCAGUCCACAAUAUUGUGAUAGCGCAAUGCCUCGGUUAUACUUGUCUGUUGCAUUUACUAGCAUUUUUGAUAUCAUUGUCAAAUAGUUUCAUAUUUUAAGAAGCAAAAUCUUUGUUACUCUGUAUUGAUAAGCAAUAUAUCAUGAUUAAAAGAUUA